AAGAAGAAGAAGAAGAGGUUGAUGGAAAAGAGGAAGCUGAUGAGUACCCAUCAAAUGAUUUGCCUUCAAAAUUUCUUCUUUAUCAACAAUCUGUACAGUCACCAAAAGGAGACAUAAGCUAUCUGCUGAAGUUCUUUUUGAUGUAUGUGGGUGGGAGGUUACCUCUCCACCUCCAAGAAGAUUUCUGUGGCACAGCCCUUCUUAGUGCAGAAUGGCUCCGGACUGACACAAGAAGGACUGCUGUAGGGUUGGAUUUGGAUGUUGAAGCACUAAAUUGGUGCAUGGAGAACAACAUAAAUAAAAUUGGGGCUGAUGGAUAUUCCAGAAUGUCCCUCUUUCAUGGGAAUGUCUUGCAACCUCUUGAGGCCAAACUAGUUAAAUUCGAGCCCCAAGAGAUGCUAAGAAAGGUGUCACUCACUGAGAACAAAGAUAAUUUGGAGAGUGAUGAAGUGGAAUCUACUCUUGCUGAUGGCUCUUCUUCCUCAAAUGAUGAGAAAUACUUGAGGAACCAUCUGUUGCCUGCUAGAGACAUUGUGUGUGCGUUUAACUACAGCUGUUGUUGUCUCCAUCAACGUUCUGAACUGGUUCUGUAUUUCAAGCAUGCUCUUGAUGCCUUGUCGAAGAAAGGUGGAAUAUUUGUAAUGGAUUUAUAUGGUGGUACAUCCUCAGAGUGCAAGCUAAGGCUUCAGAGGAGAUUUUCCAAUUUUACGUACGUUUGGGAGCAAGCUGAGUUUGAUAUCAUUGAGCGCAAGACAAGGAUUAGCCUCCAUUUCCAUCUCCAAAAGCAGCAGAAGAAAAUUCGACAUGCGUUUUCAUACAGUUGGAGGCUGUGGUCACUGCCUGAGAUUAAAGACUGCUUAGAAGAGGCAGGAUUUCAGUCUGUUCAUUUUUGGCUGCGGAAGAUGCAAGACAGCAGAGAUAUCAGAAAAACAGAGGGUUUUGGUGUCGGGCGUGACAUAAAGUAUGAAGAGAUUAAACAUUUUCAGCAACAAGACUCUUGGAAUGCAUACAUCGUAGGUGUUGCAUAGCUCCAUGCAUCAAGUAAUCUUUGAGUUGAGGUUGCAUUCAAUUGCUCUGACCAAAAGUACCUUAGUUUUCCAAUAAGUAGGUGCUGAAGAGCUGCUUUCGAAAGCUAGGAACGUUUAUGUACUUCAAAAGUUAGCUUGCAGUCUUCACUGUGAAUUUUGGUACUUGUUACUUUUUCACUUAAUCUCAUAGUUAAUGUUCUGAAAUUUUCCAUUUGGG